AUGACGUUGGCCGUCCUGUCCGAUGUCACUGAUGAUGGUGUCUGUGCUCUGGUGAGCAACUGCAACGCGCUCGAACGGCUGCAUUUGGAACAACUCCCCAAUGUCUCAGACCAAGUGAUGACACCUGUAGCCUCCAACGUCACGCUGAGGCGACUGAGUUUGAGUGGGAUGCAUAUCGGCGAUAAUGGAAUAGACAGGCUCGUAGAAGAGGAGACUCUGCUCACAGAGCUCAUCCUACAGAGCACGCAUGCACUUUCACCAGUGGGAGUGCUGAGGUGCACCAACAUCAAGUCUCUAAGAGAUCUAACGCUCAGUUAUCUGCCAAAGAUCAAGUACGCCAACAUCAUGCCGAUUUUUAGCAAUCCUCUGCUGGACGUGCAUGUGUUUGGCAUGCGCAUGCCCUGAUGGUUCGUACGUAUCUCCUCCGGCUCUGUCUCUCAGUCCUCAGUUUGGCGGUGUGGGUCAGACGGACUGAGACGCACAUUGUAUCGGCUGAACGUCUGUACGACAGUUGGGUUAAAAGGAGAAGCACGCGUAGAUAUCAGACUCUCUGAAUUAAUUGUUGUUUAGUCCCAAACGAUCAUGAGAAGUAGCGCUAAUAAUGGUAUUUCAUUGACCUGUACAUCAAAAUGGGUGGUUGUUUUGUGCUCCAUCGGUCCUAAGGAGAAGAAAAGUAACUAGGUACAUAGCAAGGUAAUUGAUAAGGAUGCUUUAGACAACGGAAAGCAUUAGCCAGUAAAGUACAAGACCGCGUAUAUUCAUUAAGCAGGUGAAGCUGCAGAUCACCAGAUACUCGCGAGAUGCAUGCAUCUGGUGAUCAAAUAGAUAACAAAUAGGUAAUGGUAGGCUUCGGACAGAAGUACGUUAAUAAAUCGGUAGAAAGAGCUCUG